AUGGAAAAUCAGUGUUAUAUUGGUUGUAAUCCAGUAAAAAUUGCUUAUGAAUGGCAUCUAAACGAUAAACAUGGUUCUGCAAUGAGAAAAUCUGAACGUCUUCAUUUACACUAUACGGAAUUAUACAGGAAAAGACACAAGUUGAUCGAAGUUUUUUUUCAACCACGUGUUACGAUCAAAGAUUUGAUUCAUGCGUUAAAGAAAGGUUAUCUAUACUAUGUUUACAAUCGAGAAGCUCCCAAUUCUUCGAAUAUAAUUUUGGAGUGCUUUGACUUUGCCAGCGAAUAUGAUGAUAUAAGAUAUAUUCUGUUCGCGUAUACCUGUCCAACAGCUUUCAGCAAAAUUAUCAAUACAAACAUGGCCAAAAACACUUAUCAUGAACUGAGACUAUAUUGUACACCGCUCAAUUGCAUUGUCUUAGCACAUACACAAGAUGGUAUUCAGGUAUUUCUCUCUCUCAUGUAUCAUCCAAGUUUAGAUCAAUUUGUAUGUAAAUGUCCUUUGACUGUUUAUCGCGGGGCAGUUAUUCACAAUCCUAAACUAUUAUUGGAAGGCUAUGAAAAUGGUUCCACAAUUAUCACCACGACAUUCCUAUCAACUUCGCUAGAAAAUGAUGUGGCGGAUAUCUAUAGUCAGAGAAAUCUUGCAGACUCAAAUGAAGUAUCACUUUUUUGUACUUAUCAUCUCCAUAAUGAACGACGUCGUACGGCUCUCAACUUGACAGAAAUAUCAAAAUUUUCUGAUGAAAACGAAAUAUUAAUCUAUCCAUAUGUUCCAUUUCAGAUUGAUAUAAUUAAAACACUUCAUGAUGGAAAACGGAUCGAAGUAGUGCUUAGUGAACUUAUGGAAACGGUAGAUGAUAGCGUCCAUUAUGAAUCUAUUCGCGCAGGAGAUGCUACGGUAUCAUGGAUUUUAAAUGUGACUCCGAAGCAGAAAGACAUAAUAAUUUUAGAGAAGGAAAAUGUGUUUCCAUAA